UAGCUUGGAAGCUGGACACCUGGCUGUGGCCAUGGGGGACACAGCCGUGGAGCCGGCCCCACUGAAGCCAGCUUCUGAGCCCACUCCUGGCCCACCCGGGAAUAAUGGGGGCUCCUUGCUGAGCGUCAUCACGGAGGGGGUCGGGGAACUCUCGGUGAUCGACCCCGAGGUGGCCCAGAAGGCCUGCCAGGAGGUGCUGGAGAAAGUCCGGCUGUUGCAUGGAGCCGUGGCCGUGUCCAGAGGAGGCGCGGCCCUGGAGCUGGUCAACGGAGACGGUGUGGACGCGGAGAUCCGCUGCCUGGAUGACCCCCCCGCCCAGAUCCGGGAAGAAGACGACGACGACGACGAGGUGGGGGCCACGGUGGCCUCGGGCACAGCCAAGGGCGCCCGGCGGCGGCGGCAGAACAACUCCGCCAAGCAGUCGUGGCUGCUAAGACUGUUUGAGUCCAAGCUCUUCGACAUCUCCAUGGCUAUUUCGUACCUGUAUAACUCCAAGGAGCCCGGGGUGCAGGCCUACAUCGGCAACCGGCUUUUCUGCUUUCGGAACGAGGACGUGGACUUCUACCUGCCCCAGCUGCUGAACAUGUACAUCCACAUGGACGAGGACGUGGGUGACGCCAUCAAGCCCUACAUCGUCCACCGCUGCCGCCAGAGCAUCAACUUCUCCCUCCAGUGCGCCCUGCUGCUCGGGGCCUACUCUUCGGACAUGCACAUCUCCACGCAGCGGCACUCCCGCGGGACCAAGCUGCGGAAGCUGAUCCUCUCGGACGAGCUGAAGCCCGCCCACCGGAAGCGGGAGCUGCCCUCCCUGAGCCCGGCCCUGAACGCGGGGCUGUCUCCCUCCAAACGGACUCAUCAGCGCUCCAAGUCCGACGCCACCGCCAGCAUCAGCCUCAGCAGCAGCCUCAAGCGGACGGCCAGCAACCCGAAGGUGGAGAACGAGGACGAGGAGCUCUCCUCCAGCACCGAGAGUGUUAAUUCAUUCAGUUCCCCCAUCCGACUGGCGCCCGAGCGAGAAUUCAUCAAGUCCCUGAUGGCCAUCGGCAAGCGGCUGGCCACCCUCCCCACCAAGGAACAGAAGACACAGCGGCUCAUCUCCGAGCUCUCCCUGCUCAACCAUAAGCUGCCCGCCCGAGUCUGGCUGCCCACGGCGGCCUUCGACCACCACGUGGUCCGCGUGCCCCACACCCAAGCCGUCGUCCUCAACUCCAAGGACAAGGCCCCUUACCUGAUCUACGUGGAAGUCCUUGAAUGUGAAAAUUUCGACACCACCAACGUGCCCGCGCGGAUCCCCGAGAACCGCAUCCGGAGUACGCGGUCUGUGGAGAACCUGCCGGAGUGUGGCAUCACCCAUGAGCAGCGGGCCGGCAGUUUCAGCACCGUGCCCAACUACGACAACGACGAUGAGGCCUGGUCGGUGGAUGACAUUGGCGAGCUGCAGGUGGAGCUCCCGGAGAUGCACACCAACAGCUGCGACAACAUCUCCCAGUUCUCUGUGGACAGCAUCACCAGCCAGGAGAGCAAGGAGCCCGUCUUCAUCGCGGCUGGAGACAUUCGGCGGCGCCUUUCGGAGCAGCUGGCUCACACCCCCACGGCCUUUAAGCGGGACCCAGAAGACCCCUCUGCAGUCGCCCUGAAAGAGCCCUGGCAGGAAAAAGUCCGGAGGAUCCGAGAGGGCUCCCCCUACGGCCAUCUCCCCAACUGGCGACUCCUGUCAGUCAUCGUCAAGUGCGGGGAUGACCUGCGCCAGGAGCUGCUGGCCUUCCAGGUGUUAAAGCAGCUGCAGUCCAUCUGGGAGCAGGAGCGCGUGCCCUUGUGGAUCAAGCCCUACAAGAUCCUGGUGAUCUCCGCGGACAGUGGCAUGAUCGAGCCGGUGGUGAACGCGGUGUCGAUCCACCAGGUGAAGAAGCAAUCCCAGCUCUCCCUGCUCGACUACUUCCUGCAGGAACACGGCAGCUACACCACCGAGGCCUUCCUCAGUGCCCAGCGCAAUUUCGUGCAGAGCUGCGCUGGCUACUGCUUGGUCUGCUACCUGCUGCAGGUCAAGGACAGACACAACGGGAACAUCCUUUUGGACGCGGAAGGCCACAUCAUCCACAUCGACUUUGGCUUCAUCCUCUCCAGCUCACCCCGAAACCUGGGCUUCGAGACAUCAGCCUUUAAGCUGACCACAGAGUUCGUGGACGUGAUGGGCGGCCUGGACGGCGACAUGUUCAACUAUUACAAGAUGCUGAUGCUGCAGGGUCUGAUCGCGGCCCGCAAGCACAUGGACAAGGUCGUGCAGAUUGUGGAGAUCAUGCAGCAAGGUUCGCAGCUCCCUUGCUUCCACGGCUCGAGCACCAUCCGCCACCUCAAGGAGCGCUUCCACAUGAGCAUGACGGAGGAGCAGCUGCAGCUGCUGGUGGAGCAGAUGGUGGACGGGAGCAUGCGCUCCAUCACCACCAAGCUCUACGACGGCUUCCAGUACCUCACCAACGGCAUCAUGUGACGGCCGCCCCCGCCCCUGAGCAGGGACCUUGGUCAGACAAACCCCACCCGCCGCCCGCCCGCCCAUCCACCCAAGGGAAACGCCAGGCGAGAAGUACGAAGGAUCAUGUGGUAACUGCGGAGCUCGCCGGGGUGGGAGAGCCGGCCACGGGGUGCAGACCCGCCAGGCGCCCUGGCCCGGCAGCAUUCCCACCGGAGACCUGGGACUCCCCACUCGCUGUCCGGAGAACCGGGGGGACGCCAGAGACGCCAGAGCCUAAGCCUUCCCACAGGCCACCCCCGUAGCUGUCUGGGUCCACGGCGGGAAGGGGUUGGUUCUGGUACUGAGGACUCAGCCUGUGGUAGGCCUCUGGCCACGCUGCUGCCCGACUGUCCCCGCGAGGGGACUGACCGCACCCGAACGCCCCUCGGCAGGUGGGAAGGUGGGCUCGGCCACCCCCAGCACAGGGCCAGGAAGGGACCACCAGACCCUCCCCACAGGGACCGGCCUAGCCAUGGGGAGCUCCUUGCCCUGAUCCCCCAGGGAAUAGCUCUGUUUUUUAUUUUUAACUUUUGUUUGAAAUAAAGUCCUUAGUUAGCCAAA